AUCGCACUCCGCUGUCAAACUGUUGCCGAAUCGUAUUUCGCUUGCUCACGUUCGACACUGUUGUUUCCCGAGGAACUCUGAAAUCAGUAGAAAAAUCGUAAUUUUAGACAGAACACUUUAGUUUCUUGUGGUUCAAUCACCUUAAUAUUAAUCGAAGCAAAGUAUCUAUUCAGGUUCUCUACGAGACAGAUUCCAUCAUGGAUCAAAACAUGGACCUGAACGCGUUUGAGGGCCGCAUCGUCAAGAUGGAAGUGGAUUACAGUGUCACAUGCGACGAGAAGAUUCCGCUAGCCAAAGAGAUGGCAAAAAACGAAAACAAGUUCAACGAAGCAUUGGAAAUUCUGCUGCAACUGGAGAAACAAACCCGUAUUGGAGCGGAUAUGGUAUCCAGUUCGCGAGUUCUCAUAGCCAUCGUUCAAAUCUGCUUUGAAGCAAACAACUGGAAUUAUCUCAACGAGUAUAUAACGAUACUGGUUAAAAGACGCUCGCAGUCGAAACAAGCUGUAGCUAAAAUGAUUCAGGAAUGUUGCACCUAUGUCGACAAAACACCAGACAAGGAAACCAAAUUGAAGCUAAUCGAUACGUUGCGCACCGUGACGGAGGGUAAAAUUUACGUUGAAGUAGAACGCGCUCGACUUACGAAAAUGUUGGCCGACAUCAAGGAAGCGGAUGGGGAUGUGACCGGAGCUGCUUCGAUCAUGGAAGAACUGCAGGUUGAAACAUACGGUUCGAUGGACAAGCGGGAGAAGGUAGAGCUCAUCUUGGAACAGAUGCGAUUGUGUUUGGCAAAGCAGGACUUGGUUCGUACACAGAUCAUCGCCAAGAAGAUCAGCAUAAAAUUUUUCAACGACGCCGCACAGCAGGAUUUGAAGUUGAAAUAUUAUGAUUUGAUGAUUCGUUUAGAUAAAGAGUCGAAUUUUAUCAAAACAUCCCGCCACUAUUUGGCUAUUGUUGAUUCGGAAAUGAUUGCGAAGGAUACCGAACACCGGCAAAAAAUGAUGAUUUAUGCUGUGCUAUACUGUAUUCUGUCUCCGUACGACAACGAGCAGGUGGAUAUGAUGCACAACUUAUCAAAGAAUAAGCUACUCGAAGAACUGCCCGUUUACAAGGAAUUACUACGCCUGUUUAUGUGCAAAGAAUUGAUUAACUUCGACGCCUUAUGUACUGUAUACGGUGCAGAGCUAAAUACGCUGGACAUUUUCAACCAGGAAACCACCCACGGCAAAAAGUGCUGGGCUGAACUGAAGAACCGACUGAUAGAGCAUAAUGUGCGUAUCAUCUCAAACUAUUACACCCGCAUCAAUUUGAAACGCAUGGCCGAACUAUUGGAUCUGAGUGAGCACGAGUGCGAAGAAUAUCUCUCUCGAAUGGUGAAUUCCAGUACGUUGAAAGUCAAGACCGACCGACCGGCCGGUGUUAUACACUUUUCGUCCAAGAAGGUUGCCUCGGAGAUUUUGAACGAUUGGGCUUUCGGGCUGAACGAGCUGAUGAAUCUGGUGAACAAAACGUGUCAUCUGAUCAACAAAGAGGAAUGCAUCAACAGUGUAAUGCCGGCCCCGGGUGUUACCAAUGUGGCGUCCUCCUAAAUUGGCUCAUUACGCGCGGUAACCGCUAGCUUCGUUUGUAUUAGAAUACUUUGUAUACUAUGCUAGCAGAACAUUCUCUUAAUAAACUCAGUAUAUAAUUAA